UGCUCCACGUUUAGGGCAUAGGUUUUUACAGACGCAAGGUGUCGGUGUCAUGCUUGUUAUCAUCUGAAAUUUGGAAAUAAUGAAGAUGAAGUUGUAUACGGUGUGUAUGUUGGUGUUGGGGGUGUGUCUGAUGGGGGCAGUGUUUGCUGACACAGAAGAAGAGGAUGAUGAUGUUCAGGUGGAAGUGGAAGACGAUGAUGUCAAACCAGAAAAGCCGAAGUUUGUUCCUCCAAAGAUAGAUAAGAGUGUUCACUUUGCAGAUUCCUUUGACAAAAAAGAGAAUUUUAAAAGGUGGACUGUUUCACAAGCAAAAAAAGACGGAGCAGAAGAAUCCGUAUCAAAAUAUGAUGGUAAAUGGCAGGUAGAGGAACCAAAGGACAGUGCUAUAGAGGGGGACCUAGGAUUAGUCAUGAAGUCCAAGGCAAAACAUCAUGCAGUAUCCUCCAAUCUAAAUAAACCUUUCAAGUUUGAUGGCAAACCCCUGAUCGUGCAGUAUGAGGUGAGAUACCAGAACGGCAUAGACUGUGGAGGUGGAUACAUCAAACUCCUGUCAGACGAUCCUCUGUUAGACCUGCAAAAAUUUCAUGACAAGACCCCGUACACAAUAAUGUUUGGUCCCGAUAAGUGUGGACUGGAUAACAAGCUUCACUUCAUCUUCCGACACAAAAAUCCAAAGACGGGUGAAAUAGAGGAGAAGCAUGCCAAGAAACCCACGGCAUCUUUAGAUACUUACUUUAAUGACAAGAAAACUCAUUUGUAUUCUCUCGUGGUAAAUCCAGACAACACUUAUGAGGUGUCGGUAGAUGGGACUGUUGUUAAUGAGGGGUCCUUGUUAGAAGACUUCAGCCCACCAGUGAAUCCACCAAAAGAAAUUGAUGAUCCCAAUGACAAGAAGCCAGCAGACUGGGAUGAAAGAGAAAAAAUUGCAGAUCCUGAUGCAGAGAAACCAGAGGACUGGGAUGAGAAUGAACCAGAGAAAAUUGUAGACACCGAGGCCACCAAGCCCGAAGGGUGGCUGGAAAAUGAGAACAAGCUUGUUCCUGACCCAGAUGCUGAGAAACCCAAAGAUUGGGAUGAUGAGAUGGAUGGUGAGUGGGAAGCUCCUCUUAUUGAGAACCCAUUGUGUAAAGAUGCCCCUGGUUGUGGAAAGUGGGAACAACCUAUGAUUAAAAAUCCAAAAUACAAGGGAAAAUGGAGACCCCCAAUGGUAGACAAUCCGAAUUACCAGGGUGUAUGGAAAGCCAGAAGAAUUCCAAAUCCAAACUUCUUUGAAGAUCUUUUACCUUAUCAAAUGAAUCCCAUUAAUGCGCUGGGAUUGGAGCUGUGGUCUAUGAAUGACGAGAUAGUGUUUGACAACUUUUUAAUCACUGAUGAUAAAGUAGUGGCAGAGAGGUGGACUGAACAGACAUUUAAUGUCAAGUCAGCUGCAGAGAAAGCCUCAUCUGGAGGGGUAAGUUGUAAGUCAAGAUGUGACUGA